AUGGCAUACAAAAUUAUUCGACACGUGGUGGCAAAUAGUCGCAAGGCAGAUGACCUUGAUUUGCUCGACGGCAUUGUUUGUCCGAAGCUACUCCAAAAAAUGCGAGAUAGUGUUUCGUCUGCAUCUGUGACAGAAAGAAAUCUUGGCUUAGAAGUGCAUGACAUAUACUGCGAGGUCAUUCAGCCAAAGAUACGGCUGGAAGCUUUUGAAAAAAUGGACGAGAAGUCAAUGUCAUGGAAAGAUGCCUUUGAGCAUCGUAAUCGUACUCUGCAGAGAGGAGAGUGGAUGCAGAUCAAAGUAAGGUUCUUGGCUCUCGAAAACGUCUUCUUGAACGCAGCCAGUGGAAGCCGAACAAGCAUUAGGUCGUCGAUGAAUCCUAGCACAUGGACGUUUCAAGGGAAAGUUUGGAAUGUAGAUACAUCUGCAACGCAGCUCGACUCAGAAGAGCCGACCUUUUACCCAAGGGUACAGAACCCAGACUUAUCUUGGCAACUGAUAGCCAUAGAGUACUGGUAA